UCAUGCAAACACAAAACACUUAUGUUUCUUUUGUACUAGUCUCUCUGUUUUAUAUAUCGCAUCCAAAUAUAGCAAUCCUUUUAUAGACUGUAAUCCAAAAAAAGGAGUUUCAAAAUCCAUUUUGGGGAAGAGAAAAUAGAAACUCCUUUUCUUUCUUCUUCUUCUCUUCUAUGCUCAAAGAUGGGUCGUGGAAAAAUUGAGAUAAAGAGGAUCGAGAAUGCGAACAGCAGGCAAGUUACCUUCUCCAAGAGGCGUGCUGGUUUGCUCAAGAAAGCUCAUGAGCUCUCUGUUCUUUGUGACGCCGAGGUUGCCGUCAUCGUCUUCUCCAAGUCUGGCAAGCUCUUCGAGUUCUCAAGUAGUAGGUGCAUGAAGAAAACGCUUUUGAGAUACGGCAAUUACCAGAUCCCUUCAGAUGUUGUUGGUAUUAACUGUAAAGCAGAGAACCAGGAGGAGAGUACAGAGGUGGAUCUUUUAAAGGAUGAGAUCUCAAAGCUUCAAGAGAAACACUUACAACUGAAGGGUAAGCGCUUGAAUACUCUGAGCUUGAAACAGCUGCAACACCUUGAGCAGCAACUAAAUGUCUCAUUAAUAUCUGUGAGAGAGCGAAAGGAAUUAUUGUUGACUAAACAACUUGAAGAAUCACGGUUAAAGGAACAGCGAGCGGAGCUGGAAAAUGAGACCUUACGUAGACAGGUUCAAGAACUCAAGAGUUUUCUCCCUUCGAUCAAGCAACACUAUGCUCCAUCCUACAUCAGAUGCUUUGCUAUAGAUCCUAAGAGCUCACUCUUAAACAACAACACUUGCUAUGGUCACAUUAACUGCAGCCUCCUCCAGAACACCAACUCAGAUACAACUUUGCAACUAGGGUUGCCGGGGGAAGCACAUGAUACAAGGAAGAACGAAGGAGACAGAGAGAGUCCAUCAAGUGAUUCAGUGACAACGAGCACAACUAGAGCAAGUGCUCAAAGGAUUAGUCUAGUUUAGAAAUUAAUAUUCUAUCUGAAAAAACAAAAGCCAAAAUGUUCUCUGUUUAACCUCGCUCUUUGUACUUUUCUCUUUUGAUUAACUAGUUUGGGAGUUUUAAUAUUCCAUAAUCUGUACAAUUAACUCUAUGCUUUAUUAAUUAAUCACUAGCUAUUAAAGCU